AGCAUUUGCCAGCUCAACUGAUCUUGCUUCUGCAAUUUCGCUUGAGCUGCAACCAGCUGCAAGCAGCAUGUCGAAGGUGAAGGGCCUGGCUGAGGUGGCUGAGUGGGGUGUGCUGGUGAAGACUGCCUUGCUGGAUGCCUGUGCUUGGUAUCAGGACGUGAACAUGACCAUUGGCCUUGGGGCCCUCGUAGUCCUAUCAAUCUUGGUGAGCAUCAUGGCCAUGGUCUCCAAGGUCUCGGAGACGCCCAGCGAGCGGUUCUUGCGGCGGUGGGAAGCCCAACGCCAGAAGCGCGAGAGUGGGAUCAUAGGGCCGGAGUUUGCGAAGAUGCGAUCGAAGACGGUGACCUACGAAGACGUCGAAGACACCGACGGCUUGGACCCGGACUGCUUCCGUUUCGAAGCAAAGGGAUAUCCAGACGAGGAGAGCCAUACACUUCAUCCUCCUAGCCCGGCUAAGAACAGCCGUGCAGGCCGCAUCUUUCAGCAGCACCGCUUCAUGACCAUCCGCGUUGGAAGGAGCAAAGACCCGCCGCGGGUGCAGUUCCACUUCCUGGGACGCUCCUAUCGGCUUCUCUUCUGGCGUUUGCCCGAUCAGGUGACCUACUUUGCGGAGGCAGGUGAUGGCCUGGAGCAAUUGCAAGUCCAGGACUUGAUGAAUCGUUUGGUGCCUUUGGCAGCCAAUGCCAACAUGUCACUCUUGAAGUACAACCAGCGGCUGCAACUCUCCUUCUCAGAGACAAGAACUGAAGUCCAGCUGAAGGUUUGUCCCAAAGAUGAUAUGUGGGACGCCUCUGGCACCUUUUGUCUCUCCGAUGGCUGUGGCUGCAUCUCUCGAUGGGCGGCGGAAUAAUGUGCAGCCAAGCUGGGGUUUGAGGAGGUACCCAGCGUCUUCCAAGCGCGAUGUGGACCCUUCAAGGGGCUGUGGGUGGUGGAUGAGGAUCAAAAGGUGGAUUUGAUUGUCCGAAAGUCACAAGAGAAGUAUCAGCUCGAUGAACCCCAGGAUGUGUUCGACUUCGAAGUGCUACGAACCUCCAGCAAGCCGCUGCAAAGCUAUUUGACACCCAACUCCAUUCAGGCCUUGGAAUGCCUUGGUGCACCGCCAGAACUCUUCAUGGAGAGGCAGAAGCAGCUGCUGGAUACCUUGGAGCAGGUCUUUCACGGAGAGGAACAGCAGGGCCGUGAAGCCUUGGACGAGAUCAUGAGCCGAGCUAUGCUCAAGCCUGCAGUGGAGAAAGCUCUUCGCGACUACUUGGACUUGGAGUUCCCAUGGACCCGUCGGUUGUUGCUCGCAAGAACCCGUUGGAUGCGGUGGGUUGGCGCUGGGCGCUCGGCACCGAGGAAUGAGGUGAACUUCCAAGAGCUGCGACACCGAGCCUGUGCUCAACUGCGGUCCGCAGCCUGUGAGAAGCUGAAGUUGCCCUUGCGCGACGCGCGACGCGCAUGGAUCGUGGCAGACCAUGGGCGUGACUUACGCCAAGGGGAAUGCUUUUUGCAGCUGCCCCACAGCCAAAAAGUUGAUUUGGCAGGGAAGGAGGUGCUUUUGAUCAGAGCCCCAUGCUAUCAUAGCAGCUCCGUUCUGAAGCUGCGCAUCCCCGAGAAAGCUCCGCCGCGACUUCAGCACCUCUACAAUGUGGUGGUCUUGAACGCCUGGGAAGAUCGAGGCAACACCGAUG